AUGGAGACCGAGUUCUACAACAGCAUCAACUGGGCUCUAACCACCGACUCAACCGACGCCCUCUUCCCCUGGGACGUUUCGCCCCGGUCGGCAGACGCAGAAGGCUCGCGAUGGGGCGAUCUGGACCCCCAGCUGGACCAGCUGCUCUCCGCAUCCUCCUAUCCGCUCCCCGAGCCUCCACUGCAGACCCAGGCAGACACAAACACAGAAUACAACAACCAGGUCCCACUACUCGGCGGUCUUGUCCUCGACAAUGAUAACCUCUCAAGCACGGACUCCAGCGUCCAAAGCACAGGCACAGAGCUAUCUGCGACGGCGCAAAUGCCUGCUCAGCGCUCAUCCCGAACGUCGGCGGCCGAACCGACGAGAAAACGAGGCCGUCCAAGGAAACUCAUUGAUGAUGCAGGCGUGAACCCAGAAGAGCGCCGCCGCACCCAAGUCCGCAUGGCGCAGCGGGCAUACCGCUCCCGCAAAGAAGCCAGCGUCUCCUCGUUAAAGAACCGCAUCAACCAGCUCGAAACCGCAAUGAAACAAAUCAGCACAGCGGUAAUCUCCUUCGGCGACGACCUCGUCCGGUCCGGCGCCCUAGACACACAUCCCGACCUGCUCAAACCACUAGGAAACACAGUGCAGGCGUGCCUCGCCCUCCCAGUCCUGCCAAGCACCAGCACAACUCACCAGCUCGACAUGCCUGCGCAGAACAAAGACAUGCCUCCGUCGCCACACCCCCCUCACACAGCCGAAAUGUCCAUCCCCGAAUUCAUCGACCGCCUGCACGUAACCUGCUGCUACCAGGCGUACCUCGUCACCGCGAACCCGUCCAUCCCGCAGCGGCGCAUCGAGCGCCCCUUCCGCAUCCUACUGGGUCUUAUGCCGCGCGCCUUCGUGGCCGAGUUCUUCAAGGACUGGCUUCUCGCGCGCGCGGGGCACAAGGACAUGGCGCACUGGGCGCACAUCCCGUUCUUCCGAGUCGGGGGCGCAGGGACGCAUUAUCCGUCGCCGGCGAACGUGCACCAUCCGUUUCCAGCGCAGCGGGGUGGCGGCGCUGCCGAUGAAACUGUAAAUAUCCAAGAGGACGUCGCGGCGUUCACGGGCGAUCUGAGCGACGACGAGAUCGAGGAUGUGUGGUUUGACCUGGGUGAUUUGCAGGGGUAUCUCGCUGAGCGGGGCGUUCUGUUUCCGGAGUACAGCAUGGAGGUGAGUAUGGUUGGCCUGGACGUGAGGGAGAAGAACAAGGAUCCUGGUGCGACGAGUGUGGCGCGGCUGAUGCAGGCGCUCGUGCGCUGCGCAAUCUGUCUCGGGCGCUCGCCGGGCUUCCGACGGCGCGAUGUGCAAGCAGCCGUGGACGCAUUCGUCGCUGCUCAGCACUCGGCAGGGCAUACUAAUAGUACUACUACUGUCACAUAA